AUGGAUAUUCCAAAUUAUGAUUUCAAUGAAGACGAAAAUACAAACUUCAAACAGUUGUACAAGUAUAUGCCCAAGUCCAAUUUCUGGAUGCUAAUAUGUGGCAAUUCAGGGUCAGGCAAAACAAACUUACUUUUUAACAUCCUUAUGAAACCAUUAGUCUAUUAUGAUCAGAUCCAUUUAUACGGUAAAAACUUGGAACAGGAAAAGUAUCGACACAUGAUAGAAACAAUGAAUGACAUUAGUAGCCAGGCUGGAUAUGACAUAAUGCACUGCAAUAAUGAUGACAUUAAACCUGUCAAUAGUCUGGAAAGUGAUGCCCAGAAAAUUGUAAUAUUUGACGACUUCAUUUGUGAUAAAAAUCAAAAGCCGCUUAUCGAUUAUUUUAUUCAAGGCCGACAUAAGAAUUGCAGUGUUAUUUACCUUUCACAAUCAUUUUAUAAAACACCAAAAGAUAUCAGACUAAACUGCAGUCAUUAUAUUGUUUAUGAUUUCCCUAGCAGUAAUGAGAGAAAUAUGAUUUCUAGAGAGUUGAAUGUAACAAAGGAUCAGUAUAUUAAAGCCACUAAACAGCCGUACUCAUUUCUGUAUGUUGAUAAACCAAUGAAGACUGUCAAAAGAAACUUUUAUAGAAAUAUCUAAUAUGUUAUUAUAAAAUGGGAAUAUUCAAUCAGCAACCUAAUUAUAAUCAAUCAUAUACGAAAGAAAAACGCGGAAUUACUGGCCCUCAAGGACCUCCUGGCCCACCUGACCCCGCUGGUGCUCAGGGUAACCAAGGUCCAAAAGGUGAUCAGGGUAUUCAAGGACCCAAAGGUGAUCAAGGUGCUACUGGUCCUACUGGCCCUAAAGGUGCUACUGGUACAUCAGGCACUGGUUUUAAUCUUACAUCAGAUGGGAAUUAUGAUAUGACGAGCAAAAAACUGACAAAUAUGGCUAAGGGGACUGUUUCCAAUGAUGCCGUAACUAAAAAUCAACUUGAUACUAAACUAUCACUUUCUGGUGGAUUAAUGACCGUCAAUUUAGAUAUGAAUAGCAAAAGGAUAUACAAUGUAGCACAACCAGAUGGUGAUAAUCAACCAGCUACAAAAGUUUGGUCAGAAAAUAAAUUCCUGGAUAAGUCCAGUGGAGUAAUGGCUGGACCACUAAAUAUGUCCAAUAAUAUAAUCACCCAUCUAGGUAAUGCCACCAGUGGAAAGGAUGGUGUUUCACGCGAUUUUGGUGAUGGACGGUAUGUUAAGAAGAGUGGUGAUACGAUGACGGGUACAUUAUCAGUUCCAAAUAUAAGCACGAGCCUAAAUUAUUUAAUGAAGCGCGACAAGGUCAUGAACUAUUACAGUCUAUUGAAUCAUUUUUUCCCACAGUAUGGAGGACGACUGACUAAUAGGGGAGUAAGCGAUGGAUAUAUAUAUAAUCUCAAAUCUCCAAGUUAUACAGAUUCAAAAGGUGACUCAUAUGCUAUGCCGAGGAGUUAUACUGAUGCACGUUAUCAUAGACUAAAUCAAGAUCUGGACAUGAACAGUAAGAAGAUAACCAAUCUAGCUGACCCAACUGAUGCUACUGAUGGGGUUAAUCUGAGAACAUUGAGUAAACAUUUUAUAAAGCCAUCUGAUCAUACUAACGGACUGAUUUACUAACUGACAGUAUUGCCCUAACAGCAUUGGUGAUGUGAAUGCAACAUCAGGCAACUACCACACAUACAAUAAAAAGGUGAUUUUCGCAUCCAUUUAGAAGAAUUCAGAGGGUGGUUAUAAAUGGCGAUUAGCUAUCCAAUGCUAUCGCCUUCAAAAGGACAAAGAAUAUACCCUUUGUUUGGAAAUCCUUACUACUGACUAUAAAUUAUGGCACAAAUCUGUAAUUACUGUUGAUACAACUACCAGCCAGGGAGUGACUGUAAAAAGAUGGCAUGUCAAUAAGUACUCACAUGAGUAUAGAACAUCUUCCAAUCAGGUUGAAUAUAUGUAUUAUCAUAAACUCCUGGUGACAUUCAGUAAGACAGCUGAAUAUACUCCUUAUUUCUUACAUAUCCAGGAUGUUAUGGCUCAGUCGGGAAUUGACUUGAACACAUAUCCAACUAAUUUCAAUAAAUAUUACCUAAUAGCUUACGGUAUUCUUGGUGAAACAAUGGAUUUAGAUCCAAACAAAACUUAUGAUUACCAUACAGCUUUUGAUAUUAAGCUGACUGAAGUUGUUUACAAUGUUGAUCUGGAUAUGAACAGAAAGAAGAUACUGAAUAUAGCGCUAGAUCGCACUAAGAAUAAUUCAGCGGCGACUGUGAAGAUGGUCAAAGAUUUGGAUACGAAAUUGAGCCCUCAUACAAAGAAUAAUGUGUACAGGGAAAUAUUUGAGGCAUUUUAUGAUUUAAGCGAUGCUAGUAACUAUCAAAUAAUAAUAGGAGUAUCAGGUAUCAUGGUUUCAGGCAUCCUACCUAAUAUUUAUUUUCCUAGAAUGGACAUUGCCAAUAUUUGGGAGGGCAGAGUGAGAAUAAAAAAUACCACAUUAAGUUUGGAAUUAUUCAGUAAAAGGAGCUUUACUCUUUGUGUUGUUAUGGUGCUAUGGCUGAACAAAAACAUGCACAUUAAAACAUUGAUGAGUGAUGGAGCUUAUGAAAGACCACAUUUGAUUCAUGACAAAACAACAAAGAAAUUAAAACUGCAAACUAAUGGUCAUGGGUCAACUAAUGAAACUUCUAUCACAUUCCUAAACAGUUUCAAUGGUAAACGUGUUGUGUUUUGGUUGACUAAGAAACGUACAGGGGUAACAGCAAAGGCAUCAAUUAGUAAUCACAGUGCGACAUUAACACUAAAUUCAACUUUAACAUCACAAAGUAACUACACAUUCAGAAUAUUCUCAGAAGGUGCAGUGAGCUAUAGAGUAAUGUACACUUCAAACUUUCAUGACUUAGAUUCUUUAGAAUUUCACAGAAUUUUGUUGCAAGAAAAACUAAACGGUUCUUAUGUUCUGUAAUUUGUCUAGACCAAUAAUAUAAUGAGUCAAAAAGAAAACAUAUUUAAGUUUAAUCAUAUAGAUAAAAGCAAAACAAAAGAAGAGAUACAGGAAAUCAAAGAACUGUAUAAGUUAUAUCAUUUCAAGUUCUGGGUUUAUCAAAAGGCCUACAAACACUUUAAGAAGAUGAAUCUCCUAUUAAACAUAACAUCAUCUGGCCUGAUAGUAGUUGGAGCUGUUGCUGGUGGUUUGACAGCCAACCCAGCCAUUCUAGGAAGCAUAUCAGGAGCUGGUUAGUUCUAAAAACAUUCUCUGAGACGAAAGACUACAAGAAAAAAAUAGAAUUAUCUAAAUUUUGUUACACGACUUACAGUAAAGUGUUAGUCGAGUUGAGGACUUCGCUGCGAGGUGGUACCUUUGAUAAAGACGACUUCUUGAAGGAGAUGACAGUACUCGAUGAAACAGUUAUUGAUUUCGCCCCAUUAGUUACAAGAUUCGAAAAGCAAUACGCUAAAAAAUUCCUCUUCUGUCCAGCAAAAACUGAAUAAAUGUUCUCUGUCGAUAAAAACAAAAUGGCGGACGUUUUAGUCUGGAUAGUACUCCAUGUUAGUUAACCCGAAGUACAACCUCGUCCCUAGGGCCUCUCGCUCAAUGAGUAAAAUCUAUUUCCGGUUAGGGGCUUUCCCUACUUCCUGUCUGAAUUCUGAUAAACCAGACGGCUAAUAUCAGCCUUGAUUAAGGAAUAAACUUCCACCAAUUUUCAUAAUAUCGUAGUGUAUUUUUUGACUGAGUAAUAGGAAUAAUCUUAUAUUCUACUCCUAAAAUAUCAAAAAGUUGUUUUAUAAUAAAAUUCACACUGAUAAGCCGUCUUCUGCGACAAUUAUUGACUUGCGGUAUAACUUGGUCAAUCAACCGAACUAUUCUCAGAAUCUUCUCCCGAUUAUAAUAACCAACUUGUAUAUUAUUAUCGUCUGCAAUAUCAUUGAUGACAUUCAAAAUAUGAUAUUUACUGUGGUAUACAGACUUUCUUUUUAUCCUGUGUCUAUUCUCAUAAAAAUCUACAUACUCGUCUGCUGUUAAAUAAUCAUGUAUUUGGCCACAAUGCUCACACACGAUAAAACCGUCUUUGAUCAGUCUCAUAGAAUGGCAACAAAAAUAUCGCUUGGGCUUACCAGGGUCCUGGAUCUGUUUAUUACAAAAGAUACAAUUAAUAUGACUUUCCUGGAUCAAUAACUCGUGAACUUCUUCAUUACACAAUUCUAUAUACUAUCUUUAGAUUUUUAUAUAAUAUUUGCCCCCACUGAGACUGUGUAUUACCAGAGGAAAAAACCCAAUUGGAGGAGGACACAAAUUACAUCCCACAUUUUUGAGAAUAUUGAAUUGGACUCAUAUAUAACGCUAGUUUGAAAUAGUACUAGAGUGUAUCUUGGUGAAAGUAUUACCUGAUUGGAAAAACGCGGGGCCUUUCGGCUAAUACUGGUAACCGGAUACCCUUGUUAAUGAUGAGGUAAAAAUCCCGCGGCUUCAUCAUUAACUUGGAUGGGAAUAUAUGGGAAAAUGGGGAAACUCCCUUGUAGACGGUGUCCAGGGCGUUGAGUAGAGCUGUAAUUGCACUGAGGACCAUUCGUAAGAGGAUGCCCAAAAGGCAGAGCGAGGUGCAUAGGAGUGCUGGUUCGCCCCUAAACUCGAGAGGGAAAAACAAAAAUCAAAUGAAAUAAGAUGAAAUGAGAUGAAAUUUGGAAAAGCCCUGUAAAUGGCCGGCCUAUGGGUAAUAAGAAUAAAACCUUCUCAGGAGGGACUGAGGGGAAAUGGGGGGAUGGGAGGUAGGGAUGAGAAAAUGGGGGAGUCCUCCUGUGAAGGUCUGGCGGCCACCAGUUUUGUUAAUUUUUUAUUCGUUUAUUAUAGUAAAAUUUUUAUAUAAUCUUAUAUUAUAUGAGUUCUUAUGAAAGUUUUAGUGAUUCCGAUCAAUCAAGCCAAGAUUAUAGUCAAUCAUAA